UCUGUGUUGACAAUAAUGCCAAGCGAAGCGAGCCAGUGGUGGAGUGAUGAAAUGAAAAUAAAAUGAUUUAAAUUACUAAAUAUUAUCUGAAUUUCAUGUAAUAUCCGUAAUUGGCCGUAAUUUUGUAUUUAUUUACAGUGUUUAGUGUAUAGACCCUGCCAAGAUGAUGGCUGGAAAAGUAAUGCCCGAGACUGAAGAACAAAAUAGGAUACGAUUUCAGGUUGAAUUAGAAUUCGUCCAGUGCCUAGCCAAUCCCAACUACAUACACUUUCUAGCGCAACGUGGCUACCUGAAGGAGCAGACGUUUGUGAACUACAUCCGCUACCUGCAGUACUGGCGCGAGCCGGAGUACGCGCGCUACCUCAAGUACCCCGUGUGCCUGCACUUCCUAGAGCUGCUGCAGCACGAGCACUUCCGCCGGGAGUGCGUGUCCGCGCAGGUGUGCAAGUUCAUGGACGACCAGGCGAUCCUGCUGUGGCAGCACUACACGCGCCGGCGCACGCGCACGCUGCAGCCGCCCGACGCCGCCGCCGCCGCCGCGCCGCCGCCGUCGCAGCCGCCCAGACACCAGUCAUAGACUGACUCAUCAUGGUGCGGUGCUAAGGUUAAAUUUACUGUGUAUAAAGCGGAUCAUGUAAGGCACACUACAAUUUUUUAAAUCGCGAAAUUUUUGUGUGACUUUAGAUGUAUAUGCGAUUAAUACAAUGUGGCAACAAAAAGUAAAAUCGUAGUGCGCGCUUAGCCUAAAGCAGGGUUUACACCAUAUAUAUGCUCGGUCCUAGCUCGCUCAGAUACAAACAGAAAAAAAUGAAAUCUGUGGUUGUCCGAGAGUGCUGUUAGUUACUCGGUCCGUAUGCUCGGUCCGAACAUACUCUUAUCGUGUAAACGCCGCUUUAAGUUAGGAGUAACCGAUUGCAAGGCUGAACGAAAUGUACAUUCGCUAAGUAGGUACGGUAGAAAGCAUUUGAGGACUGUCACUUUUCAUUUCCUAAUAAUUUAUUUACUGCCAAACGUAUUGAUGUUGUAGGUAAUUUUACAACCAUAGUUAAAAUACAUAAUAUGCAGUAAAUAUUAAUCAAAGUUUAGGUUGACCCUAUCAUUAAACGGGAAUGUUACUUGUUCAUAUUUACUGCAUUAAAUUCAUGUUGUAUUAUUAUAACAAUAUAAGAGUUAAGUGAAAUGUGAUAUGAUUAAGAAAAACGUAAAUAUAGUAGUUAUAAUGUUUUU